UCUUCCACAGAGUUGUCGCAUCCCGGCCAACUCUGCUCCCUCUCUCUUUCCCCGCCUGUCGCUUUUUCACCCUCCACCCCCUAUGUCUUCUUCGCCCAAUUCCCCUUCAGGAUCCCUCUGGCGACAUGAACGUCCUCUCGUGGCUCUUCUGUGCAGCGUUGCCUUGCAUCAUCCAAGCCGCCUUCCGGCCUCCCAUUGUGGUCUCCAUGCAACCUGGAGGCGACCCGGAAGUGGGCCCACAAAACCAGAGGGUCCUCUGCCCCGUCAUUUACGUCUCACCCACCUUCAGGUUCCGACGCAGCCUCGAUGUCGUCAAGAGAAGCUUCGAAAACGAAGGAUUCAGAUUUGAUCCAGCGGUCUGUGACGACAAUGGGCAACUCCUACCAGUUAGGGGACAGGUUUCCCUCGACGGGGGUCCAUUGCAAUUCGGCCUCGGUCUUCGAGACGACAAAACAAAAGACUCCGACGCAGACGUCAAAAGCGUCUUUCGGCCUGGCAGAAAAUACCGCAAGAACAUACGAAAGUUCACACGCAAUUACAAUCUCCGCUUUGGUCGUUCUCUCGACCUCCAGACUCCUUGCCCGGAUUGCGAAGAAGACAGAAACCUAUACGCUUACUCUAGGGUCACCCCGAAAGGCCAAGACACCGAAGGCAACACCAUUUGAGAUUUCGUAAUGGGAUCCCAGUGAUAAGCCAUUAACCGAUGAUGUCUUCUCGCGAGACCUAACUGAUGAUAAUAAAGAAGUCACACGUUCUACUACCCACGAUUCUCAAGACAUCUUUUGAGAGAGAGGCUGCUUUCAAGAUGCCUUGCUUUUCGGUGGAGUCUGCAACGUACUUCGUAGCUAUAUUUCAAAUAAGAUUCCUCCAUAAAAUUCACUUAACUAAAAUAAGUCCGUUGGGCAAAAGAAAAUGGUAAAUACGAAUAUAUACAAGGAAUACAUAUGCUACGUAGUAAUGUGUUCCGGAAUUAUGAAAUCUAAAAGAAAAAUCUAGGAAUUACUGAGUCUCGUACGGUGGUAUGGCACGUCUCAUCUUUCAACAGACAAAUAAAAAUUUUCAUUCCCAUUUAUCACUUGUUCCCUGAUCCUCAUAAAUUCUUUGAACACUAAGGAUCCUCUUGAUGUACUAUUGGAUAAGGCAAAGUAGAUAUUCUCCCAUUAUUCAGCCAAGUUAAAAAGCUAUAAUACUUAGACGGACGACAUCUGGGAAGCUAUUUUCACCGUGUGACACAUCGUAUUAUUUAAAAA